AUGUCGGGCACAAAAGGGCGUGAGCGGAAGUCCAAAGGCAAAGGGAGCGCCGUGUCUGCACUGGCUUUUCGGCAGUCUGUCACGGAUAUCAGGGACGCCCGCACGCGGCUCUCCUCGGUGACUGUGCCACCUCGGACACCCGCACCAGCCAGAGACGACGAGCUCCGCGACGCUGCGGUGGAAGAUCCCCUCGAUGCCUCCGCCGAGUGUCCUGUCUUUACUCGACACGAAAUAGAAAUGCUCCUGCUCCUUUCCAUCCCGGAGGGUUUAUUCCCUCUGAGAUCCGCGGGGGACGUCAGCAGAGAGGGAACGGCAGAGGGCAGUCAGAGGCCGCAUUGGAUGGGGGGUGGAAUACCGGCGGACACAGGCCCUAUCAACGAGGAGCGCUGCGCUGCGAUGCUCGAGGGAUGUUUGAUGACGAUGCGGCGGGCAAACAACUGGGGAGACAAUGUCGAUAUCGUCAGGACGUCGUCUGCCUUCCUUGCUACGCUGUAUGGCGUCAUAGAGCACCUGGUCGGCGGCGGCAACGAGCACACGAACUCUUAA